GGUAGGGUUUUGAGCAGAGGGCUUGUUGGCCUGCCGGAAUUUCGUUUUUUUUUUCCCCAUCACUUCCUCGAGUUUUCUCAUCAACCAAACGGGGUGUGAGGAGCUAGAAUGCAGUCGUUCAUUGGUGGGAGUAUCCGUUUGGGUCAACGACAAGGUUUUCCCAGAUGGAACCGUGCUCAAUUCAAAUCCUCAGCAAAAGCUUAUCUGCCUUCUCAAAGUAGCAGCAAUGCAGUCCAAGGAACCAACAACUCAAUAAAAUCUCCCAAUAAUCACCUCCUGCAGUUUCUAGGACAGACAACAUUCGUAUCCCAAGCAAAUGGCGUUUGUUCAGUUCCAGUUUUGUCUCCAUUGGCUGCAAUGAUGUCUUCAUCUUCAAGCAUAUAUAUGACAACAGCUGCCUUUCCGAAUAUGCAUUCUUCCGAGCCUUUCCCUGAUGUGCCGACUCGAAUUAAAUUUAAGAGACUUGAUAAAACUGCCAAGCACAUAAUGCAGAUUGUGGACAAGGAAGCAGUGGAGGAAGUGAAGAGGCAAAGGGAUGUACCUGAGAUAAAACCUGGCUACAUUGUGCAACUCAAAGUGGAAGUACCUGAAAACAAGCGGCGCCUUUCAACAAUAAAAGGCAUUGUUAUCGCGAGACGGAAUGCUGGCCUGAAUACUACAUUCCGGAUACGGAGAAUGGUAGCCGGAGUUGGGGUUGAAUCUCUCUUCCCAUUGUAUUCCCCAAAUAUAAAGGAGAUAAAGGUGUUGGACAAGAAGAAAGUGAGAAGGGCUAAGCUUUACUAUCUCAGGAACAAGAUGAACGCUCUUAGAUGAUCUUUAAAUAAGAAAUCGAACGCGGUUUCAUUGCGGCAAAGACGGUAUUUCGAGUUGUUUCUCGGAUGAGAAAUUCCUCUUAAUUAUCUUGAUUUCUAUUGUGACAAAGUAGGCAUUAAUUAAAGUGUUGUUAGACUUGCUAAAAGGCUUAUUCUAUAUAAGGGCAUGCAUGCAUCUUGAUAUCA